GCGGCCUUCAGUUCAAGCUGAGUCCCGCGAACGCCAACACGCUUUCGCGACGCCCACUCUUGCUAAGAACCGCCGAGGCACAACACGCGAUAGUGUUCACUUGUGAGCGAGUUGCGCGUCCUUUCUCUCACGCAGUGUGAUCGUGCUUCGGUACGUGAAUGCAAAACCGGACUUCUCUCUUGACAAGAGACACCUACGAGGAAUCCGCAGCGGCUUGGACCUCUGAAAUAUUUCAACAGUUCCCGAGGGCUGGCCUGCCAUUCGCCCGGACCCCGCCAAUCGCCCGCGGGGCUGCUUUGCUGUCACCGCAACGAUAACAACGUAGACAAAAGGAGGUAACACGGCAUGACUGCUACGCACGGUGGCGGACGAGAAGAUGAUCGUCCGGACAAAGACUCUGUAUACACAAUUAAGACAGGAUUCAAGAACGAUGCGUACCAACACGACCGGGACUCGAAUGAUGAUAUUGUCAAACCACCACCACUACCCACAGAGGAGGACAAUUACCCCACAGGCAAAGUAAAGCUAUCGAGAAACGAGAAAUGGAGAAUAUUAAAGAACGUGGCCGCGGUGAGUGCAGCCUUCAUGGUGCAAUUCACCGCGUUCCAGGGGACAGCCAAUCUUCAGUCUUCGAUAAACGCAGCCGACGGCCUCGGUACUGUCUCGCUUAGUUCGAUUUACGCGGCACUUGUUCUUUCUUGUAUGUUCGUCCCUACAUUCCUCAUUAAAAGGUUGACAGUCAAAUGGACACUAUGUCUAUCUAUGAUGUGCUACGCGCCAUACAUAGCUGCACAAUUUUAUCCAGCGUUUUAUACGCUCGUACCCGCUGGAGUAGUGGUUGGUCUCGGGGCGGCGCCUAUGUGGACCUCGAAGGCGACGUAUCUAACGCAAGCUGGAAGUGUAUACGCUAAGUUAACUGAUCAAGCCGUGGAUGGCAUCAUUGUGCGAUUCUUCGGAUUCUUCUUCCUUGCUUGGCAGACUGCUGAGCUUUGGGGAAACUUAAUCUCUAGUUUAGUGUUCUCCUCGGGAGUGCACAGCGGGAACACGUCUACAGACAACACAAGUCACGCUCUGCUCAAAUGUGGAGCCAACUUCUGCGUGAUCGGUGGUGGACACCACGACAACCAGAACCUACACAGGCCUCCAGAUAGUGAGAUAUACGAGAUCAGUGCCAUAUAUCUCGCAUGCGUUGUAGUUGCCGUGCUUAUGGUCGCUCUACUAGUGGAUCCCCUAUCAAGGUAUGGUGAAAAACAGAGGAAGGCAGAUCCAUCAAAAGAAGUAACCGGUAUUCAACUACUUUCUGCCACAGCUUAUCAGCUAAAGAAACCUAACCAGCAACUUCUUAUCCCCAUUACUCUUUGGAUUGGCAUGGAACAAGCCUUCAUCGGAGCAGACUAUACACAGGCGUAUGUUUCGUGCGCGUUGGGCAUCAGAUCCAUCGGAUAUGUAAUGAUUUGCUUCGGAGUAGUGAAUGCUGUGUGCUCUCUAGUAUUUGGAUCUGCGAUGAAGUACAUCGGCAGAUUCCCUAUACUAGUAAUGGGAGCAGCUCUACACUUGGGACUGAUCGUUUGGCUCUUGAUUUGGAUGCCGAACCCUAAUUCACCAACUGUAUUCUUCGUGAUCUCAGGCCUGUGGGGUGUAGGAGAUGCUGUGUGGCAAACGCAAAUUAACGGCUUGUACGGAGUUCUGUUCAGGCGCAACAAAGAGGCCGCCUUUUCCAACUACAGACUUUGGGAGAGUGCCGGCUUCGUGGUCGCGUAUGCUUAUUCUACCCACUUGUGUGCCAGGAUGAAACUGUACGUCAUGAUGGUGGUACUUCUAGUUGGAUUCCUCGGAUACAUUAUUGUGGAAAUAUUGCACAAGAGAAAGGCUCACCGGCUCAAAGCCAUCGCUGAGGAUCCAGCCAUUGCAGCGGAAGCCGCUAAACAACCGCCCGAAGAAGAUGACGAAAAAGACGAAAUUGACGACGAAAUUGUUAUAACGCACUUGUAAAAAUCAUACGCGGUAGGUUAGAGCAUCCAUAAAAGCAGGCUCGAUCACCACCUACAGCCGCGUCAUCUGUCGCACUCCCGUGACAGUGUAACUUCGCCCCACGAUUCGUCAAUAGCGUGACGGUGUAGCGCCUAGUGGCGCUUCAAACAAUUUGCCAUAUAUCUAUUAUAAUACCACAUUCUCGUAGGUACAAAACAUUGAUGUGAACAGGAAUUUAAUGUGUAAUCUCGAAUUUAAUUAGGACUAUUUAUGUAUUCAAUAGUUAAGUAAUUAACGUCGAUUUGGGCGAACUUUGCAAGUACAAAUAUUGCACAACAGUUUGUCGUGUCCCUAUUUCGUAUUUGAUCUAAUGAACAAGUUUUCAUUCAUACUUCUGUCAAAUGUAGACUUUUGUUGGGAUAUCCUUAUGAAAAUACUUAGAUAAAGUGUCUAAUAUUUUAUUUAAAUUCCGAUAAAUAAAGUCAGUACGUUUUAGCUUUGCACCCGACGUACUUGAUGAAGGAUGGAUAGAAAGACUUAAUGAAAAUAAUACAAAUAUGUGUCAUUUUCAUUAUAUUCACUUAUUUUUCACUAAUUUAUUCAUGUUAGAUGUCAAACCUAACUAUUGCCAAUGAAUCAGUCAACCAGUUGAAACAAUUGUAGAUCUUAUUAAAACACCUGUGUUUAUUACUGUUCUAUUCAUAAUUAAGCACCUUUGUGUUAUAUUUGAUCCGGUAUUGAUCACUUCUUUGUUUAGUAUUGUACAAAAUAAUUGAUAGAUAUAUAUAUUUAACAACUUGGAACAUAUACAGGAAAUAAAAAUAAUCCCCAUAAUUUAAUUAAAUUAAAGUAAAAUAUGACUAUCACAUAUACAUUCAGAAAUAGAACGCACGACAAUAAAAUAGUUAACGUUUCAAGAUUCGGAAAUUGUCUUUUUGUCAGAUAUUCUGUAAAGCACAUCUGACAUGGCAAGAGAAUUCACCAAUGGAAUCGACAUUGCUAGCGAUUCCGUGGGAUAGAAUAAGAUAGCAACGUUAGACGUGUCAUUUAAACUCAUUGAGUCGCUAGCGAUAUCGAUUCCAUCGAUAACUUCGCUUGUCACUUGUAUAAAUUCACUAAUUUAGACAAGUGACAAGCGAAUUCAUCGAUGGAAUCGUCACUACUACAAUAAACAAAGACUUUAAUUUGUAGUCGACUGCAAAUUAUACGCACAUUCAUUUUUCAAAUGUUUCUUUUGAGUUUUUCAGAGUUUGAUGAGUAGGUGUAGAGUUUAUUAUAAAUUAUUACGACAUUAUAAGUAUUAAUAGAAUAUGUUUUUUAAUUGUAUUAUAUAUAGUGUUCGUAUAAUUUCGCAGUUCACUAAUAUCCGGAUCUUAUUUACACUAUACACUAACAAAAAACAAAAAAAAAUAGUGUUACUAUAUACUAAAAAAUCUCAAGUGUAUAAAACAAAUGUAUUUGAAAUAAAUCGUCUUUCCGUUUCUGUUCCACGUAUAUUAGCACAAUUUAUUUAUUAUAUUGUAUUGAAUAUAUCAAAAUUAUAAAUAUUGUAAAUUAAUAUAUAACAUGUUGUAAUUAUAAAUAACCGUUUAAAAUUAUAUAUUAUGUAGAAACAUGGAAAAGGCUGCUCAAUAUUAAAUUAUAAAAUUAAAUUUGAGUGAAAUAUUAACAGGUAUAAAAUAUUCCAAUAGAUCAUGUUAAUUUGAACAUAAUAUUGUACGUGAUAUUAUUUUGUUUACUUUAUAUUAACAAGUGAAUCACAUUUAUAUUUUAAAAAUGUAUAAUCUCUUUUUAUUUUCUAUUUUUACCAGAGAAUAUUACAUAUAUUAUGCUAUAAAGUUGUGUAUCUGUAGUUUGUCUGUAUUUUAAGUUAUUUAAAUAUAAUUAUUAUUAACAAAUUUAUUUAAAAAAAAAAAGACAAUUCAUUAUCGAUGCUUAUUUAGAGAUGAAUUCUAUCGUUGUAAGGUAAUGUGUAUAACAAUAAUUAGAUACACAAUCUCGGUAGCAAAUUCAUGCUUAUUGUAGGUACUUAGAUCAAAUAAUAUAAUUAUUGUAGUUAAUAAUAUCAAGCUUUCGAAUACGUAGGCGCUUAAGUAUGUUUAUAUUCAUGUGUAUGUUUUAUUGGAAAUAAACUUAGGAAAUAGUUGUCGUACUAUUACACCAACACAUGUACUUUCAUACAAUAGUUAUAAUUGUUUAGUGUGAAAAGAAAAAAAAACUUAUAUAUAUAUUAUAAUCGCUUAAAGACAUAAAUCUUAUAAGUUCCAUUUUAUGUCUAAGUUUAUCGUACGAAUAACAAAGAACGACACAGCAGGUGAGGAGACAUUUUUUUCUGAAUACGUGCAUUAGUCUUAACAGCAUUAUUAUAGAAUCACAAGUAAUGCAGUUAGCAAUCGUUGCCCUACAGUUACAGUUAUGACAUGCGAUUUAUGUGCACUAAAUGUUGUUAGUAAUUUAAUAUUGUACUAGAUAUAAUGCGUUAUGUAAUCUGAAAUAAAUAUUAAAAUUGAGAAGGAAUUUAAUUUUAAAUAUUCUCCGCCCGAAUUCUGCUGUGUGGUAGAUCUGAAAAUCGAAAUGUAUUGUGAUGUUUCUACAAACUACACCUUAUGUAAGGUAUAAUUUGUCAAAUUUCAUUCGAAUCUAAUGUUGCACGUAUCAAAGUUGAGAUAUUAUUGUUAAGUGUCAAACAUAUAUAUAUCUAUAACAUAUCGACAAAAGCUACGAUAGUUGAUAUACCAAACAGGAUUGAAUGUAUAAGGAACAAACCAAGUGUAUUAAAUUUAACGCAUUAAUUAAUUAAAUACAAAAAAAAUACUAUGGUUUAUCGUAAUACACUGAAUAACAUUGCGCGCUGAGUAUAGAGAGGUAUAUUUUAUAUAGUAUACCAAGUUGAGGAUAUCAAAUUUCUCCAACUAAAGUAGCAAUUUUUUGGUCUGACAAAAUUUGUGUUAACAAUUAAUUAAUCAAUAUAAAACAUACACUUGUCGUGCGUGUUACUACAAUAAUAAAAAAAUAAUAUAACAAAUCGAGAAUUAUAAUUUAAAUUCUAGAUUACCUACAAACGUAGGUUAAUACUUGAAUUUUUUUUUUGCGAUAGUAUAAAACCUAAAUUUCUGCUUUCUUAAUAAGUCCUACAUAUUAACAAAUAAUUACCUACAUUUAAAGUGUAAAUCCUAAAUAAAAACAUACGUGUUUAGUGUUCAUCGCAUACAUAGUAUCGGGGCGUGAUCUAAAGAUGUCUAUAGAGAACGCCAUUUGUGACAUGAUUGCUAAAAUGGAUCAGUAGGACUUGUAUAAUUAGCAUGUCAAAUUCUGUUGGCUUUUCAACUCUAUAUGAAGAGAAUAUAUCUGCCGAUCGUUACUCAAAUUGUAAUGUUCUAAAUAACUAUCAGCUACCUUGCCCUACAAAUAAACUGUUGGAUAAUGCAUUGUCUGUACCUACCUAGUUACGUUUGAAUAAUAUCAUCUUUGACCUUUCGAAUCUUCAUCACCAAACUUGAAUACAUAUUCGAGACAGAUACAAAUUAUGCACAAUUUCACAACGGAGGUAUAGAAAUCAACGUGCUACAUGAUUUUACGUUGAUUUAUGUUCCAUUUACAUACAUAAAUAUAUAUAAUAUGUACAAGGUGUAUGAAAACCAAAC